AUGCCUAUGUGGCAAAGCGAGCUUUUGGUAAACCAGGAGUUCCAAAUCUGGCUGCCUGGAGAUGCGGGCUUGACGAUUUUGCAGGUCACACAGCAAGCUGGCCAGGAGAUCAUCAGGUGGGAGCCUCAGGGUGUAAAUAGAACCAUGAAGGAGUUUCCUCGCAAAUUCUUGAGCCUUCGGGACAAGAAUCCCUCACAUAACAGAAGCAAGUCGGCGCCGCCUUCGAAGAGCCGACCCAAAUCGACCGAGGCCUUCUUUGCUCUAUUCAGCCGCGAUACCAAGUCAAGGGAUGCAGCCGGCAAGGCUGAAGAAGACACCAAGGUUGAGGAAGUACUUCGCCGCCUCGACGAGCUCAGCAUUACCAAUGUCAGCAGUGAACAUAUUAAAGGCAUGCUCGGUACCGGAUUCGGCGACGGCGACGCCAAAGAUAUCGCCGAAUACAUAAGUAUCGAACAGAAAUCCGCUGCCGGCACAAUCGUCCCCUACAAUCGGAAUGUGCAAAUGCUCGGCGCGGAAAACCGAGGCGGUGUUACUUGCUACCUCGACGCUCUCCUUUUUUCCAUGUUCUGCAAGCUUGAUGCGUUCGAUUGCAUGCUCAAAACUGACUUUCCACCUGAUGAUCCAAAGGCGAAGCUUGUCAACCUCCUCCGAGUAUGGGUGAAUAUGCUUCGGUCUGGCAAGCUCAUCAAGAUCGAUCUGACACGCUUAAUUCAAGAAGCUAUGGGCGACAGCGGGUGGCCGGACGCCCGCUUAUUGGAACAACAGGACACAUCUGAAGCCUUCGCUUUUCUGACCGAGACUCUGCAACUUCCACUACUAUCCCUACAAGUCGAUCUUUUUCAUCAAGGGAAAAAGGACACAGAUGACCACAAGGUCGUCUACGAACGGCUACUGAACCUAGCUGUCCCGCCAAAUCAGAAUGGCAAGAGCAUCAGGCUCGAAGAUUGCCUUGAAGAAUACUUCAACGCCCAGGUCGAUGUACUCCGGGAUAGCGAAGAGGCCAAAAAGUCAAUGUCUGAGGACAGGGGCCCUGAUACCCCUACUCUUCUCCGCCAAAACACGCUGCGACUGGUUCGACCCGAGGAGAAAGGUGACUCCGCAAGUCUCAGUGCCUCUCCUGUGGAUCUGUCGCCGCUGCACCCAUUCCCCAGCUCAUCAUCAGUGGCAAGCGGCCUUACCCCUCUUGAGCGGCCGGCUACGUCGACGGGAGUGUCUCUUGAUGAGGUACCUAGACUUGAUGCAUCCGCAAUUCCAAAGCGGCUUUCCUUGAGAAAUAGAUCUACAAGCAUCAUCCAGAGGAUCGUUCUCGAUGAGGACGGAAAGCCAACAAGCACCGAUGCCGACUACGCUCGUAAGCUCAGGCGAAAAGGCUCUAUGGUGGUCAAAGCCGUGACUAUACCUGCUUGGCAAUUCUUUCGACUUAUUCCUUGGCACGCUGUUCGAGCAAAUGAGCCUCGCAGUAACUCUGAAGUCGCACUCAAUUUUGAACAGCGCCCUGUCGUUGGCAUCUGUCUGAAGCGCUAUGCCAUGACGGAGACUGGGCAGCCACAACGACACAACACUUAUAUCGACAUUCCUGACAGCCUUCGUUUGCCGCACUUCAUGCUCGCCGACGGCCCCGACACAAACUCCGAUGAAUCCCCAUUAACCUCAGACUUCAAACUUGUGCUGCAAUCUGUCAUUUGUCAUCGUGGUGACGCCCUCCAGAGUGGACACUACAUUGCCUUUGCAAGAGCCGCACCUAAACUUCUCACUUCCAACAGACGUCAUAGCUUCGAUCCGCCCCCGGAUUAUGAAGAAGCCCAAUGGGUCAAAUUCGAUGAUCUCGAGGAACCCCGCGUAAGCUUGGUCGACAACAUCAAGAAGUCUCUCACCGAAGAGAUGCCUUAUCUGCUCUUCUAUCAGGUUGUCCCUAUGUUGGAAGUAGCCUGCCCCUCGACAGACGGCACCGCCACCGGCCCGCCAUCCUACCAGGAAUCCAAGAUCAGUCUAGAGAUGCAAAGCUCUCGAGUAACCGAUGCUGGCCUCUCUCUCCCGAGCAAGCCACCCAGCAUCCGCCUGUCAAUGGAUGACGAACGACCGGCGGCCGUGGCCGUCGAUCGGUCCGCGCGACCCUCAGUCUCUAACUCGGUACCUACCGAGUCUCGGCGCGACAGCGCAAACUUUACCCUAUCUUCUGUCGUCACACCAAGCAUGACGCCAACCCGCACACCAGAGGCGAAUUCUCCCGUCAUCUCUCCCAGCGACAACAGGACGCCCCGUCUUUCGCGCGCCGCAUCACGCUUCAACCUCGGCCGUCAGAGUCGGCCCGGUAGCCAGUCUGGCGAGGGACGCAUUAGUUUGACGAUAUCUCGCCUUGGCGGUCUCAUGAAGCAGAAUAGGGACGCCUUGUCGAGUAUGGAAAUCGGCGGCGAGGAGAGAGGAACGACCCCGUUAGGAUCGCCCUCGCCGAGAAACGCCAGCUUUGAAGUCUUUCGCAACGCCACCGCCGUUGCCGACGGCCUCCCGCAGCCGCCUUCGACAGCCACCACGGCGGCUGCUACCUCGGUCACCGCGGUAGAAACUGAGUCGAAGCGCAGCAAGUCGCGGCGCAAGAGCAAGACGCGGGAAAAGACGCCCAAGCCUAGCAAGCAAAAGGAUAGCUCCCAGCCAGAUCGAGAGUGCGUCCUAAUGUAA